CGGUCUGGGGCCGUGAGAUCUCCAAGCACUCCGGGGCAGAAACUCCCGGAUCGGGCGCUGCCAGCUUCCAGCCCCCUCCCUCCCCGGGGGUUCCCGGCUCUCUGGCCUCCGUGCCCCGAUUCCUUCCUGCCUGGUGCUCUCGGACCGCCGAGAAGCUGGAGACCACAGAAUCCAAGCCCCCGGGGCAGGCCCGGGCUUGUCGCCGGCACCACUUCCUGGUGGGAGGGGCGGGUCUCUCUGUCCCCUCAGGCCAGGGGUCUGGAUGCAUGAAGUGUUCCCUCAGCCGCCUCCGCCGGAAGGACUUAGGAUACUGGCCUAGGCUCCCUGCCUUUUUCUCCAUCAGGCACUCAGUUGUCCGGGCCCCUAGCCACUAUAUCUACGAGGAACCCAGAAAUGCAGGAUCCCCUAGUGUUGUCCUCCCUCAGAGAUCAUGAGCCACCCUGGUUCCCUGGAUCCCCUAGGACCCAAGAGUCCAGGCACCUCUUCCCUCCUUUCUCCUCUAGGGCCCACCAGCUCUGAGCAGAUCAUGAAGACAGGGGCCCUUUUGCUUCAGGGUUUCAUCCAAGAUCGAGCAGGGCGAAUGGGGGGAGAGACACCCGAGCUGGCCCUGGAGCAGGUGCCCCAGGAUGCAUCCACCAAGAAGCUGAGCGAGUGUCUCAAGCGCAUCGGAGAUGAACUGGACAGUAACAUGGAGUUACAGAGGAUGAUCGCAGCCGUGGACACAGACUCCCCUCGUGAGGUCUUUUUCCGAGUGGCAGCUGACAUGUUUUCCGAUGGCAACUUCAACUGGGGCCGGGUUGUUGCCCUCUUCUACUUUGCCAGCAAACUGGUGCUCAAGGCCCUGUGUACCAAGGUGCCCGAGCUGAUCAGGACCAUUAUGGGCUGGACACUGGACUUCCUUCGAGAGCGGCUGCUGGGCUGGAUCCAGGACCAGGGUGGUUGGGACGGCCUGCUCUCCUACUUUGGGACACCCACGUGGCAGACAGUGACCAUCUUCGUGGCUGGAGUGCUCACUGCAUCACUCACCAUCUGGAAAAAGAUGGGCUGAGUCCACCAGCUGCCUUGGACUGUGUCUUUUCUGCAUAAAUUAUGGCAUUUUUCCGGGAGGGGUGGGGAUUGGGGGUCAUGGGCAUUUUUCUUACUUUUGUAAUUAUUGGGGCGGGGGGGGCACGGGGAGGAGUGGUCCAGGGGGGCAAUAAACCUCUUUCAGGCCACACUUCAGAGUCUGAAUCACUGGGAGCCCACUCCCUGGCUGUCACAGGAGACCAGGCUUCAUGUGCUCACAAAUCUUUUUCAAAGGAGCCUGGUGCCCUCUGGGUUACUGAGGAGUUAGGUCUCCACUCUGCCCUCCAGGAGCAUGCAGUCCUGAGGGAACUGAAGAUCACUGUGUGGAAGCCUACAGUGUUGUGUUGGGAGGCAGCACUGGGCAAGGCCAAGCCAAGCAGUGGAUCCUGGGGCUUUAGGGAAAGGGAACAGUGCAGCAGGCCCUGGAGAACUAGGGCUUGGAAGUUUCCACCACAUGGGACCAGACGAAGUUGCACUUACCGAGGUGGAGAAUUGGGGGGAGAGGGGAGAGAUGGGAGGCCUUGGGAGGACUUACUGGACCAGGAGAGAGCUCUAGAGCCCUGUGGAGAAGCUACUGGAGGUCAGAAGGCUGGAAUCUGGGGUUCUGAGAGAGAGGACAAGGCCUGAGCCAGUGCUGUGUGGCCUGAGGGGACAGGGCUGGACACCUGUUGUGUGGGGAGGGGCUGGCCCAGUAACUGGGUGGGACCCUCCAGGAAAGCAGGCCCUAGUGAAGAUGCUGGAAAGCUGCCUUGUAGAUUGGACACAGAAAAGGAAAUAGAGAUUAAGAUCACUUGGUCUUGGGCGCCUGGGUGGCUCAGUUGGUUAAGUGACUGCCUUCGGCUCAGGUCAUGAUCCUGGAGUCCCUGGAUCAAGUCCCGCAUC